AUGACAAUCGAUCUAUCUCAGUGUAAACAAACAAGUGAUCUCGACUUUAAUUAUCCGUUGUUUUCCUCUUAUUUAUUAUCAUCAACUACACGAACUCCAUCAAGACAAUAUAAAACCCGUCAUCGAAAACAAUUACGAUCGAAACGAAAGAAAUGCGCUGAGUGUCAAUUUCGCUAUCGAAAUACGAUUACUGUUCGUCAAAUCUCUUCUCAAGACAUGAUUGACGUUCAAAGACUCGACAAAACUCGAUGUUUAGCUAAACCAUCUAAUCCUCCGCAUAAGAGAAGAAAAGAUGAAACACAUCCACUCGCUAAAGUACAAAUGUCAUCACGACAGUCAAUGAACGGAAUUCUUCCAGAUGAACUAUCGACUAUCAAAAAUAAAGACAAAAUGUCAAACAAGAUGAACACAACUAAUUUGAAGGUCAUUCCUCUAUGUGAUUUAUCGAAUGUAUCAUUAGAGUCAAAUAAAUUGCAUGUUGUCUCCGAUGAUAAUAAUCAAUCGAAAGAAAAUAUUGUUCAUUCAGCUACGAAACUCGUCAGCGACAAUGCAUCGCGGCAACUAACACCGACUAAUUCUUCGAUUGUCCCUCAUUUUUCCUCGACGAUUGCUCCUCGUAUACCACUUCAAACUUCAUUAUCAUCUAUUAUCGUGCAAGAAGUACUUGCUAAAGAAUCAAACACCCCACUACAAUUGCGAUCAUUACAUGACAAUAUUCACGAACUAGUCGAGCAGCUCAAAGCCUGUGUAGCUACUUUAAAUCUUCUCAUUGAAAGUGAAGAAAAACGUAAAAAAACAAUUCGAAGAAGAAAUAGAGCAAAGAAAAGACGACUAAAUUCACCCGCUAAUCUACGACGUCAGGCAAAACCUCUUGCAAACAUCGAGCCAUACGAUGAAAAUCUUUGCAUACCGUCAGUGUAUCAUAACCAACAUGAAGAACUACAACGAUGUUUACUGAUUUACAAUUGUAGUGAAGUAGAUAGACAUCGAUAUGGACAUGUACAUACAUUGAAUAACGUCGAAUAA